AUGAGUGACUAUCCACCGCCCAGUUACCCACCUCCAAACAAUCCUCAAUACCAGCAACAUCAGGAUGAUACCUACCAUGUCCGCCCAGAUAUGGAGCGCCAGCAAGAUUUUGGUUACUAUGAAAAACCAACCCCAUCACAAAACUUCGAUGACAGUUUCAAAGUUGAAAAACCCAAAUUCAACGAUUGGCCCUUUGCAAUAUUUUUUUGGUUAGUAGUCGCUGGGUUUAUAGCCGUGGCAGGUAUCACAUUGAAUGCGUUAAGGUCCACGUAUGGUUUCCAAGGAGGGUCAAUUUACGGCUCAGGAAAUACUUUUACAUUGAACACGAACACAAUCAUUUUGUUUGCUUUUAUUAUAGUGAUGGCAUUCAUCCUCUCUGCUGCAAUAAUUGUAUUUGCCAGAUUAGCGCCUAAGGCGUUUAUUGUGACCGGUGUUAUUUUGAAUGUCGUUUUAGGUAUCGGGACCGCCAUCUUUUAUUUUGUGGAAAAAUACUACUCGGCUGCAAUUGUGUUUCUUAUCUUUGCAUUGUUUGGUGCCUGGUGCUAUUGGUCGUCCCGUCACAGAAUCCCAUUGAGUGCUACCAUAUUAACCAUUGUCAUUGAUGUCAUAAAAAUGUAUCCUUCGACUUUAAUUGCUUCGUUUAUUGGUCUUAUUUUCAGUGCUGCCUUUAGUGCUUUGUUCAGUGUUGUUAUUGUUGCAACAUAUGUGAAAUACGACCCCAACAGCAAUAAUGAAGCGUGUUCAGUUGGUGGAGGCAGUUGCUCCAAGGGCAAGUUAAUUGGUGUGUUGGUGUUUGUUUUCUUUGCUGGCUACUAUAUUUCCGAAGUGAUUAGAAACGUCAUCCAUGUGGUUAUUGCAGGAAUUUAUGGUACUUGGUACUAUUUGGCAAAUUCCGAUCAAGGUGCCCCCAAACAUCCAGCAUUAUCCUCAUUGAAACGUGCAUUGACUUAUUGUUUUGGAUCAAUUACUUUUGGGUCAUUGAUUGUGUCAUUGAUUCAACUAUUGAGACAGUUUAUUUCGAUUCUUAGAUCCAACUUUGCUGCUGACGGGAAUGGCUGGGGUGUUUGUGGUAUGAUUGUUUUGGAUUUCUUUGUCGGGUUUAUUGAUUGGUUGGUUCGUUAUUUCAACAAAUACGCUUACUGUUAUGUUGCGUUGUAUGGGAAAAGCUAUAUCAAAUCGGCUAAGGAUACAUUUGAUUUGAUUCGUUUCAAAGGAAUGGAUGCAUUGAUCAAUGAUAUGUUUAUCAACACCGCCUUGAACUUGUACUCUUUGUUUGUGGCUUAUUUGGUUGCGCUAUUAGCUUUCUUGUACUUGAAGUUCACCAAGCCAGACUACAAUUCUGGCGGUGCAUUUUAUGCUCCAGUUAUCGCCUUUGCAUUUUUAAUUGCUGGCCAAAUCAAUCGUAUCUCAUUAACAGUAAUUGAAAGUGGUACUGCAACUUUCUUUGUUGCCUUAGCCAAAGACCCAGAAAUCUUCCAAAUGACAAAUAGAAACAGAUUUGACGAUAUCUUUAGAAAUUACCCUCAAGUAUUGGAAAAGAUCACUAGUGACCAUUAG